AUGGGGCCCCUGGGCAAUAGGGGAUCAUGGGGCCCUGCGUCCUUGCCCAAACUCAAAAAAGCCUAUGAAAAAGGUACCAGGGGCAUCUCAUGGGGCCCCCUACUGACCCCGGGCCUUCGGGCAGUCAAAUGCAAAAACUAUCCAACAGGUUGGUGGGUGGCAGACCCCUUGAACAUGACCAGGGGCAGGCUGACAACUCAUGGGGCCCCCGGGCAAUAGGAAAUCAUGGGGCCCCUGUAUCCUCAAACCACACCCAAAAAAGCCUAUGAAAGGUACCAGGGGCAUCUCAUGGGGCCCCCUACUGACCCCAGGCUCUCGGGCAGUGCCCAAGUUUCCAAAUGGUCAGUCCGCCCCUG